CGACAAGUCUCCAAUAUGUGUGCACUUGGUCUUUUGUGUCGGGGUAUUCGAGUUUGACCAGGUUUUGUCAAGCGAACCUCACAAUAGGGUGUGUUGUGACUCAUUUGGGCCACCAGAGGAAUUUGAAUAUUAGGUUGUUGUACAGGGUGGUUUGGAACACCGGAUUGUUUUUUAUCCUUUAUAGGAUUUCAUUUUAUUCUGCUUGGAUAUAAUACAUCGAUAGGUUCCCAUUCCUUUGAAGUUGACCGAAAGAGGGCGUGAAUACAGCAAAGAUGGCACACGAUCAGACAGACGGGCCUCGGCAGUCGACCUUCCUGAUGGGGUUGCUACAGGCUCUGCUCGGCUUCCUCACCGUCACACUGUAUGCAGGAAUCAUCGUCGUCCAGGCCCCUGUUUACAUCAGCGGUAUCGGUGUCUGGGGUGGCUGCGUUUACAUCCUGGCGGGAGUUCUGGCCAUGUUUGCCUUCAUGAAGAAAACGAGGCGAUUUUGUUUAUGGUCGGUCAUCUCCAACGUAUUUGUCAUGUUGAUAGCGCUGGCGUUCUUUGCGAUCGCUUGCUAUGCUGUUCACACUCUGCGACUUGACAUUUUCGAUUUUGAGAUUGCCGACGCAAAAGCCCACAUGAAAAUCAACGAGAAAUGCGCUAGCCUCACUCAGUCCUAUUACCAGCUGAAUCCCGCUUUCUGCAGGGACAAGGUGAUCGAAUACACCCGAAUUGGAAUGAUCCUCUAUAUCCUUCUGCUAUUAGUCGCUGUGAUAGAGUUCAUCGCAGGUGCUGUCGUCUGCUUCAUGUGCGCCAAGGAGUUGAAGGAUAAGGAAGCUGUGUACCGCGCCCCCACCGCCCAGACCGGCGGCCAGGUCAACAAGAUGGUCGACUAUAGCGAAAGGUCCGGCGCUUACCCAAGCGGAUACCCAAGUGCAUAGACAGUUUUAUUGGAAUCCAUAAACUCUUUUUUUACUAUUUAAUCGGUCAACCUGUGACGAGACUGCACAAUACAUAUCCUAUGCGUCAGAGGAACAUGUUUUAUGACGUAUUUGACGACUUAUGGCCACCAUCUUGUCUUGAAACGAAGACAAGUCCCAAAAUGCUGGUGUGGUUUCUGAUCAAAUCGGCUGAAAACCGAAGCGGAUAAAGACAAACAAGUGCUUCACUGUUUCGUAAAACAACAAAUUACCUGCUGGACUUGCAUUGAUUCGGUUUUUUCCACAAUUGCUGCAAUCGUUCAUAAAAACUGUCAUUGCAUAGCAAAUAAAGAUAAGAUUUAAUCCAUACACGAUUGUAGAUUAAGAAGAAGCCAAUUCUUUGUUACUUCAGUUGCCAGUGAGUGAAUUUUUAUGAACCUCUGUAGCUGUUUUAAGACUAAAAUGUAGAUAUUUCCGUUCGGGACUUACCUCGUUUCAAGUAUUCCAUCCGACAGAAUGUUAGCAACAAUUACUGGAACGAGGUUUGUGGUUCUUUUUGACGUAUACGACAUACAUUCAGGCCGACUCGUGGGAUGUUAAAGUGUAUGUAUUGUAACGUGGAUUUCCUGAGGGCUGUAUUAUAUUAACAGAUCCGCCAUGGUUGAAACUGUUUUGUAUAUUUUGCUCAUUUCUACCCAAGUUAUCGUCCUUUCUGAUGUAUCUAGAACUGUCUUGAUACGCGUUUAAGAAAGGUUGUGUAUGUGUUUUUUUAUAACAUUAAGUAAUCAUAAGAAUUAAUGUGCAGAAUGGGCAGUACAUUACAUUCAUGAACCGUAGUCCUAAAAUGAAACAGGUAAAAUAAAAAUGUCAUGUUUGCUUGCAAGAUUAAGCUACGUUGGCCUCAGCUGUUUUGAGCACCCCUUUGCAUGAAGACAUUGCUUUCAUGUCCAAA